AUGCCGUCCCCGCUGCCGCCCACGCCGCUGUUCGCCGCGGAGCGCGGGGCGGUUCUGGUGUCGUGCUCGGUGUCGUUUCUGGGCUCGGCUCUGCUGCUCUGCUCCCACGCGCAGUGGCCGGAGCUGCGGACGCGCCCGCGGCAGCUGCUGCUCCAUCUGUCCCUGGCGGAUCUGCUCUCGGCUCUCUCCUACUUCUACGGCGUCCUGCGGGACUUCCAGCGCUCCUCGUGGGACUGCGUGCUGCAGGGAGCCCUGUCCACCUUCGCCAACACCAGCUCCUUCUUCUGGACCAUGGCCAUCGCCCUCUACCUGUACCUCAGCAUCGUCAGGGGCUCGCCCACGGGCCCGGGCUUGCUCUGGGGCUUCCACGCCGUGAGCUGGGGUGUCCCCCUGGCCAUCACGGUGGCCGCUGUGGCUCUGAAGAAGAUUGGCUACGAUGCCUCCAAUGUUUCCGUGGGCUGGUGCUGGGUGGACCUGGACGCUGAGGAUCGGCUGCUGUGGAUGCUGCUGACAGGGAAGGUCUGGGAGAUCCUGGCCUAUGUCACCCUGCCAGUGCUCUACAUCCUCAUCAGGAAGCACAUUAACAGAGCACACGCUGCCCUCUCCGAGUAUCGCCCCAUCCUGCCCGGAGCCCCUGCCCUGCCCCGCGCCAGCGUCGCAGACAAGAAACUCAUCCUCAUCCCCAUCAUCUUCAUCUUCCUCCGCAUCUGGAGCACGGUGCGCUUCAUCCUCACCCUCUGCAACUCCCCGGCCGUGCAGAACUCCGUCCUGGUUGUCCUGCACGGAAUUGGGAACACGUUCCAAGGAGGAGCCAACUGCAUCAUGUUCGUGCUGUGCACACGGGUGGUGAGGGCCAGGCUGCUCUCCCUGCUCUGCUGUGGCCACUGUGCCGAGCUGGGCUGGCCCCCGCAGGGCUCCCGGGGCUCCUGGCAGCCCCCACAGCCCCACAAGGACAAGGACGUGCCUGGCCCUGAGCAGACCAAGCCGCUGCUGCCCAGCACCUGAGCUGCCCCUGGCUGCUGCUGAUUCCUUCUCUCAUGGUGUGGGAUGGUGCCACAGUCCCACAGAGGGAGCUGCAGCCCGGGGAAAGCGGCGCUGGAGAGGCUGAGCCUGGACAGGUCCCGUUCCUCACUCCCACUCUGCAGCCUCGGGUCCUCAGCUGAGCCAGGAUCCUCUGGGACAGACUGUGCUCACUUUGUGCUCAGCCCUGCUCACUUUGUGCUCAGCCCUGCUCACUUUGUGCUCAGCC